UAAAAACUUUUCAAUUUCCAAAAUGGUUACUUUUUUCACUCGCUCUGAAAAUUCUUUGCGAAAAAAUAAUAAGUUGGAAAAGAAAUUGUUCAAAUACAAUACAAAAUAAAAAUUUAAUAUACAAAAUAAUUUGUAUACUCUAUUCAUUUGUGUUCAAUAACAAAUAAACUACAUCAAAUCAAAUAAAAAAGUAAAAGAGUGAUUAAAAAUGUGGAAUCAAUGGCCAACGGGGCCACCGCCAAUGCCUCCAGCUACGAGUAAUCCCCAACCACCCAUAAUUGGUCCUGUACAGCCAUCAGUACCUCCAAUAACAUCCGCACCACCUCCAACAGCACAGGUGACUCCAGCACCAGCAACACCAAGUGUCGUUCCGGUAGCGCAACCAGCUUCUUACCAAACUGGAGCUCCUAGCUACACAGCGGCACAAUACGCCGCAAUGACUCCAGAGCAGCAAUAUGCUGUUCAACAACACUGGCAGCAGUGGCAGGCUUAUGAACAACAAUACGCACAGUGGCAUGCCCAGUAUGGUGAGCAAUACAAACGUGAAAUGGCUGCUAUUCAGAGUACACCUCAAGCAGCAGUAGCAGCAGUUCCAUACAACACAUCGGCAGUGGCUAGUGCAUACAAUUAUCCUCCUCCAGUGAUUGCAAAUCCUUAUCAAGCCCCACCAGUUCCAGUUAGUGCACCCCCUCCACCACCUCCAGAUGAUAAAACUAAUAAAAGGGGAAUUAAUGCUCCUGCGCAAAUCUAUGAACAGCCACCUCCUCCUCCACCACCUCCUCAACAAGAAGGAUCUCAAGAGACUAAAAAUGAUGCUCCAAUACCAGCGCAGAGCCCAUUAUCAUCUCAACCAAUGCAAAACGAGGAAUCCAGAUGGAGUCAACCGCCACCGUUAAUGGGCCCAAAUGCAGGCAGUCGUUGGAAUGAACCAAAUGAAGAGCAACAAUCUAAUCAACAAAAUAGACAAAAUAACAACCAAAAUAAUAGACAACAGCAAAACCAACAGUUUAGACAACAAAAUCAGUUGAAUCAACAAGAUAGGCAGCAGAAAAAUCAGUUCAACCAACAAGAUAGGCAGCAACAAAAUCAGUUCAAUCAAUUCAAUCAGCAAGACAGGCAGCAGCAAAAUCAAUUUAAUCAACAAUUCAAUAACAAUAACCAACAAGGACGCCAAAAUCAGAAUAACCAAUCGCGUGGUAUACAAAGAGACGAUCAGGGUCGAAACAAUUGGCAAGGAAAUAGGCAGAAUAAUAACAAUAAUAAUAAUAAUAAUUUCCGAGGUCGUAAUCGUGGUCGAAAUGAUUCUGAUGGCAGAGGCAACUAUCAACAACAAUCAUGGCAGGAAAUGGACAACUCAGCAGAAAGAAACAAUCGUAGAAAUAAUUCAAACCGCUUUGACAAUAGCUUUGAUAAUUCUAAUAAUACCAGCAUGGGUCAGGGUAUGAAUCAACAAGGUUGGGGAAAUAAUAACCAGGGUGGUAAUUUUGGAACACCCGAAAAUAUGAGACAUCAGCCAAAUAUGCAGCACAUGAACCAAGAAGGUUUAAAUAAUUCUAAUCAACAAGGUUGGGGAAAUAACAAUCAGGGUGGUAAUUUUGGAACUCCCGAAAAUGUCCGUCAGCAGCAACAUGCACAGAAUCAAAGUACACCGAACGAAAACACAAACAAAGGAACAAGUGGUAAGUCUGUAGACGAAAAAGCAUUUGAUGAACAAUUUCGAAUGUGGGAAGAACAGUUUGAAAAUUGGAAAAAGGAGAACGCCAACCAUCCCGAUCGCACAAUGUAUAUGAAAUAUGAAAGAGAAUUUGAGAAAACAAGAGUUCGAUUGUUGGAACGUCGUGAACAGAUGCGGCGCAGAAAAAUGAUGGAAAUGCAGCAGCAAACAUCCAACUCACAAGUGGAAACUCCAGAGUUACCAGCUCAUCAACAACAUUCCAAUCAGCCCAAUCUCAUCCAACAAGAUCAACAAAUAGUACCACCUAAACUGCCUCAACAACAAUCUAUCCAUGCUGAAUCAACAUCACAUUUUCAACAAAAAGAUCCUAGCAAAGACUCUGCGAAGGCUGAUGGAGAAGAGAUUGAAACACAAGAGGUAAUUGAAACGCCCAAAGCAAUAAAUUGUGAAGGUUCUGAUAUGGAACAAAGUGAUCCCGAAGAUCGCGACGUUAUUUCUUCAACAAAAUUAGAAGAUUCAACCCAAGAACCGGGUGUAGAUAAUGAACUAGAAUGUUUAGAUGCAGGUGAGGCAAGUAUAUUUCAAAAGCCUGAAAUUACUGAUAUCUUUAAAUCAGGAUCCGAAGGAGGAAUUCCGGGCUUGGAUUUGGUUGGUACCAAAGAUGGUGAUGUUGUUGAUAACAUAAAUGCGAAAGAAAUGACUAAAAACGUAAUUGACUUAGAAAAUGAUGGUCCGACCAGACCCCCGAAAUUAUCUGCCACAUCAACAAACAGUGGAAUGAUUUUAACAAACCCUCAAUCACAAUCUAAGUCUGCAUUGAAAAGUCUAGAUUCGAGGCCUCAUUCAAUGUUCUUGAGUCCUCAACCUCAAACUCUUGAACCCCCGAAACGAAAAAUACCAUCUCUCUUUGAUAUAGUUGUUGAAAAACCAGAUCUUUCUCCAGACAUCGAAAAUAAAUGUAAAUCACCGAUGAGAAAUUUGUCACCUGCUGGAAGUAGAACAUCCAAUACAGGCUCUCAUUCAAGGAGCAUAUCAAAAGAUCGUGAUAUAUUAGCAUCUCCUGGUCCAUUACGACCAUUAUCACAAGCUUCUAACGAUCAAAGUGGUCAACAGUCGCUCCCUAACUUACCAGGCCAAGCAACAGAUCUAGCGAAAGCGUUACAAGAUCCAAAUGUAAUGCAAUUGUUAAGCGCAGCAUUAGCUCAAGCUCAAAAGACUGGUGGUUUAAAUCAAACAGGUGGCAAUAAUCAACAAAAUCAAAUACUGCAACAACUACAACAAUUGCAGCCACUUAUUCAAAUGCAACAAGACCGGAAUACCAAUAACCAGCCAUGGAAUAAUCCGCAGCAACAGCAGCGACCACAGCCAUGGCAAAACCAAAAUCAAAAUUUUGACAAUAGAUUUAACACGAAUUUCAAUCAAAAUGAAAACUCUAACAACAAAUUCAAUGCAAACCAAAAUCGCAAUCCGUUUAAUAAAAAUGAAAAUCAAAUGGAUUCGAAUCGUGGAUCAGGAAGUGGUUAUAGUUCCGAUUCCAACAGGGAUAUGCCCCAAAAAAAUCCUCGAAACCCAUUCCGCCGUGGAGGUGGAAACAACGAUAAAGGCAGUAUUGAACAAAAUUUUGAAAGUUCAGAAGACCAAUUUAGGAAUACAAAUAAUAACGCAUUUGGGGGUCAAAUGAAUAAUCCUCAGCAACAAAGGGGCGACAACUUCGACUGUGGUCCAAUGAAUAAUCCUCAGCAACAAAGGGGAGACAACUUCGACUGUGGUCAAAUGAAUAAUCCUCAGCAACAAAGGGGAGACAACUUCGACUGUGGUAGAGAUUUUGGAGGUGGAAGAGGUAAUUUUUCCGGACGAAAUUUCGGUGCAAGAAACAACUUCGAUAAUGAAGACAACUUCGGCAGAGGAAAUUUCAAUGAAGGAGGAAAUAAUUUUGGUGGGGGUGAUGACGAUAACUCUUUCGGUGGCGGAAACAUCAAUAAUAGACCUGAAUCAAAUUUCAAUAAUACCCCCGGAUUCCGGAAUAAUUCCAACAAUUUUGGUGAUCGCGGUUUUGGUGAUAAUGAUUAUUUUCGUCCAGCACAAAUAUUUGACUAUCAAAACCGUUCACGCCCAGAAGUCUUAAUGCCGCCAGCAAAAGUUGUCGACUAUGGUCACAAACCAUCUGCACUUUUGCCAGCAACAUCAUUCAAUCGUGAUAGUAGUGAGUUUGUUCCAGUAAAAACGAUUGAUUAUGGUCAUGCAUCUUCCGCUGCUAACCCCAAAAAUCCGUUUCAAGAAAAAAAUGAUAAUCAAACAAAGAAAAAAACAAAUCGAUGGAAUCAAGAACCAACAAGUAAUCCAGUACAACAACAACGAGUUCAAACUCAGGGUUCCAGAGGCAAUGAUAAUGGAAAUAAACCAAGCAACGUGAAAAAUAACCAACAGAAAAAUGAAAAGAAAACUGAAGAACAAUAUAAUUCGAAUAAACCCGACAAUGUACAGGAACUUGAUUCUGAAAAUAUGCCAGAAUAUCCUAAAAAUAAAUGGAUUCUUCAAAACCCAGAAAACCGUCAAAGACCUGGUCCGCCCACUAAAAGGGGCAAGAGGAAUUCUAAUCAAUUCGAACCUGAGCCAAUACAAGAUGAACCACAGCAAGAUGAUUUUGAAGGUGAUGAAAUCGAAGAAAAUUUCGAGGAGAUAUCUGAUAAUGAAUGCAGCAUAAUCGAGGACACCAGCAUUCCGCCAAUAAAUACUCAAAUAAAAAAGAAAACAGUAUCACUAUUCCCGUCCGUGCCGGAUUCAAAUAAAACACCAUCAAUGGUCAUUCCUUCGAAUGAGAAUAACAACACUAUUCCCAUUGAUGAGAUUUUGUUUAAACCGGGACGAUUGACGCGACCAAAAAAUAUUGUAAUAAUUAUGCGUGGACCACCAGGAAGUGGAAAAUCACAUGUAGCAAAAUUAAUUAAAGACAAAGAAAUUGAAAUGGGUGGUCAAACCCCUCGUUUGCUGAGUGUAGACGAUUAUUUCAUGGUUGAGAAUGAUUAUGAAGAAAAGUGUCCUAAAACUGGUCGAAAGAUCCCCAAGAAGGAAAUACUUUAUGAAUAUGAGAAACAAAUGGAAACAACUUAUAUGCAGUAUUUAAUUAAAUCUUUUAAAAAAACUGUUACUGACCAUCUUUUUGACUUUAUCAUUGUUGAUUGUUGUAAUCAAUCGUUACGUACAUUUAAUGAAUUUUAUAAUGCAGCUAGAGAUGGUAAUUUCUCGCCAUUUGUCAUCGAUUUGAAAUGCAGUUUAGAGACUUGUCUGGAACAAAAUAUUCACAAUCGAAAAGAAGAAGAUAUCAAGGAAAUAAUUGAUAACUAUCAGGAUUGUCCGGGGCAUUAUAUUAAGCUUGAUGUGUCUAAUUUAUUAGAAAAUGUUGUCGAAAUGGAAGAUGUUUCUGAUCUGGAGGAUCAUUUCGUGGCCGAUUCAGAGAUAAUUGAACUUGAUGAUGACGAAGGAGAAGAUGAAACAAGUGACAAUAAUGAUGAAGGAUUUCUGAAAAGCAAAUGGGACACUGAUCCGACUACCGAAAAUUUAGCUCGUCUCGAUGGUACCAGUAAACCGAUUUCUAAGCGCGGAACGGCUACGCUUGAAGAGUAUCUUCAGAUAGAUGGUUGGCAGGAGCCUCCGCCAUCUGAUUCAAAUGGAAAGAAGAGGGUACGCUGGGCAGACAUUGAAGAAAAACGCGCUCAAGACAAAAUGCGAGCAAUCGGAUUUGUUGUUGGGCAAACAGACUGGAAUCGGAUGAUGGAUCCUACAAGUGGUAGUGGUGCACUUACUAAGACGAAGUACAUAGAAAGAUUGAACAAACGUCGUUAGAUAAUGACAUUUUUUUUGUGCUAAACUAAUCAUAACUGUAUUUCAUUUUAUUAUUAUUUGAAUAAAGUAAUAAAUUAAAAAUUUGCUUCGUGAAUAAUAAACACAAGUGUGAGUUAUUGGAAUCAAUAUUACAUCUUCGAAAAUCUGGAGUUGUGCAUGACAUAUAAAUCUAUAAUACAUAACAGAAAUUUGUUGUUUAAAUGUCAAAAUCAUACAGUUUAAUUUCAAAAAGAAACUUAAAUAUAAAACAAAAAUUUCAACAAGCUUGUUUUUAAUGUUUUACACAAUUUUUGGUGAAUGAAAUAAAAAAUUCACAAAAAACUA